AUGGCUGAGCAAGCCGGUGCUUCUGGCGACGCUGAACGCGGCCCGCAAGGCCGCGUCUCUACCUCUGAGCGACGGGACUCGAGACGGGUGUCCCGCGUGUCUUACAAGGAAGACUACAGUAACCUCGACGAGUAUGGAAAGCUGGUCAAGUAUGCCUCCACCUAUCGCGAGGGGGGCCGAGGCGAAGAGGCGCAGGGCGAAGAGGAGAUGAAGAGGGUGUGGUAUGCACCCUGGAAGAAGCGCAAGGUUUUUGUCAAACACGUCGACCAGCAACAGGGGCAAUUUCCGGAGGAAUGGCUCCUCACGGACAUCCGCCAGGGUUUGUCGGAGAAUGAGGUUUCUAUUCGUCGUCGACGAUCUGGCUGGAACGAAUUGGUAUCAGAGAAGGAGAAUCCCAUCGCCAAGGUCUUGUCGUAUUUCAGAGGACCCAUUCUCUAUGUGAUGGAGUUGGCUGUUCUUCUAGCGGCAGGUCUAGAUGAUUGGAUUGACUUUGGUGUCAUCAUUGGUAUUCUGUGUCUGAACGCCGCUGUUGGUUGGUAUCAAGAAAAACAAGCUGCCGAUGUCGUUGCUAGUCUCAAGGGCGAUAUUGCGAUGCGAGCGAUCGUCAUCCGCGAUGGCCAGCAACAAGAGAUUCUAGCGCGAGAGCUUGUGCCUGGCGAUGUGAUUAUCAUCGGAGAAGGCUCGGUUGUCCCUGCCGACUCCAAGGUCAUCUGCGAUGUCAAUGACCCCAAUGGAAUGGAGGAGUUUAAACGGAUGCAGGAGCAAGGCGAUCUUAGCAGUACCUCCGAGUCCGACCUCGAAGACAACGAGCCUGGUGAUAAUCAAAAGGAGGGCGAGGAGAAGCAAGAGGAAUCCAAGCCCAGACGGCGAGGCUACCCCAUCCUUGCUUGUGAUCAUUCUGCGAUUACAGGAGAGUCGCUCGCAGUUGAUCGCUAUAUGGGUGGCAUGAUCUACUAUACGACCGGCUGUAAGCGCGGUAAGGCCUAUGCGGUGGUGCAGACCGGUGCGAGGAACUCCUUCGUGGGUAAGACCGCGACCAUGGUGCAAUCGGCCAAAGGCGCUGGCCAUUUCGAAAUCGUGAUGGACAACAUCGGCACCUCGCUUUUGAUCCUCGUGAUGGCGUGGAUCUUGGCUGCUUGGAUUGGCGGUUUCUACCGACAUAUCCCGAUUGCUUCGCCGGGCCAGCAGACGCUCCUUCAUUACACCCUGGCUCUGCUGAUCAUUGGUGUUCCUGUCGGUCUGCCGGUCGUGACCACCACUACAAUGGCUGUAGGAGCAGCAUACCUGGCCAAGAAGAAGGCAAUCGUGCAGAAGCUGACUGCGAUUGAAUCAUUGGCGGGCGUUGAUAUCUUGUGUUCGGAUAAGACGGGCACCUUGACGGCGAACAAAUUGAGCAUUCGCGAGCCGUAUGUCGCCGAAGGCGUGGAUGUGGAUUGGAUGUUUGCCGUGGCCGUCCUGGCUUCUUCACAUAAUAUUGACUCGCUUGAUCCGAUCGAUAAAGUCACGAUCCUCACCCUUCGGCAGUACCCAAGAGCAAGGGAAAUCCUUCGAAGAGGUUGGAAAACCGAGAAAUUCGUUCCUUUCGAUCCCGUGUCCAAGCGUAUCGUGACGAUUGCAAGCUGCGAUGGGACCAGAUACACCUGCACCAAGGGCGCCCCGAAAGCCGUGCUUCAGCUGACGAAUUGUUCCAAGAGCACUGCGGACCAUUAUAAAGCCAAGGCGCAGGAGUUUGCGCAUCGAGGAUUCCGCUCAUUGGGUGUGGCAGUCCAAAAGGAAGGAGAAGAGUGGACUCUCCUUGGAAUGCUUCCCAUGUUCGACCCACCGCGAGAGGAUACAGCCCAGACGAUCAACGAAGCCCAAAACCUGGGUAUCAGUGUGAAAAUGCUUACGGGUGACGCCAUUGCAAUCGCGAAAGAAACCUGCAAGAUGCUUGCACUCGGCACCAAAGUGUAUAACUCCGACAAGCUGAUCCAUGGCGGUCUCAGUGGCGCCAUGGCAGGUGAUCUGGUUGAAAAAGCAGACGGAUUCGCCGAGGUGUUUCCCGAACAUAAAUAUCAAGUUGUACAGAUGCUCCAAGACCGUGGUCAUUUAACGGCGAUGACGGGGGAUGGUGUUAAUGAUGCGCCGUCAUUGAAGAAAGCUGAUUGCGGUAUCGCUGUUGAAGGAGCGUCAGAGGCCGCUCAGUCAGCUUCUGAUAUUGUGUUUUUGGAGCCUGGUUUGUCUACGAUCAUCGAUUCAAUCAAGGUUGCUCGGCAGAUUUUUCACCGCAUGAAGGCCUAUAUCCAGUAUCGUAUCGCCCUUUGCUUGCACUUGGAGAUUUACCUUGUGACAUCAAUGAUUAUUCUCAACGAAAGCAUUCGCGUUGAGUUGAUCGUUUUCCUCGCUCUUUUUGCGGAUUUGGCAACUGUUGCUGUGGCAUACGAUAAUGCGUCUUUUGACUUGCGCCCUGUUGAAUGGCAGCUUCCCAAGAUCUGGUUCAUUUCUGUUUUGCUGGGCCUGCUGCUGGCAUUGGGCACAUGGGUUGUUCGCGGUACCAUGUUCCUUCCAUCUGGUGGUAUCAUCCAGAACUGGGGUUCAAUUCAGGAAGUGCUGUUCCUUGAGGUUGCAUUGACAGAGAAUUGGCUCAUCUUCGUUACACGAGGUGCUGAUACUUGGCCAUCCAUUCACCUGGUCACGGCUAUUCUGGGCGUGGAUGUUCUGGCGACUAUCUUCUGCCUCUUCGGUUGGUUCACUAACGAAGACAUGCGCACGAACCCUGCAGACUCGUUCGUCGAGACCAGAAAUGGCUGGACAGAUAUCGUCACGGUCGUCCGUAUCUGGGGCUUCUCGUUGGGCGUGGAAAUUGUCAUUGCAUUGGUGUAUUUUAUGCUGAACAAGUUCAAAUGGCUCGACGACCUGGGCCGAGCCAAGCGUGACAAGGGCGAUCUCAAGAUCGAAAACUUGCUCGGCCACCUCGCCCGUCUGACAGUUGAAUACGAGGAGCCUGGGAAGCCCAAGGGCCGCUUCUUCCUGGCCACCAGCAAGGAAGAAGAGGAAGUUGAGUAA